AACACAUUGCUGCUGCGAUCACAGCUGAUACAAACGCCUUGGAAGUGGGAGCUUGAAUGUUUAGCAUUGUCAGUCUUUAAAGUUGACUGCUUGUGAAGUAUGUAUUAAGUAUGUAAGAGGUCAAUGUCAUACUCUUAUUUUUCAACCUUCCUUGUGUUUACUCGGAGUCAAGCAAAAUAGGCCCAGAUUUUAUAAUUUGGCCUUACGAGGAAUGAAGGAAUGACCAAAUAUGGCCUCAAAUCGUCGCACAAGUACAACUGAAGUUGAGCAACGAUCAAGUGAAGCAUUUCUCAAAGGGAAAGUAAAAGAGCUGGAGGACGAAGUCACCCGCCUCAGGAAACGACUAGAUGACCUUCGGAGGGCCAAGAACACCACUGUACAUAAGAGGGAACGGGAGGUCAUACAUGUUGGAGUUCCCUUUGGCAGAAGAGAAAGCAAGUCUGAGAUGAAGAAAGAUGGCGCUGUUGAUCCAGCCAAAGAGAUAGAUGAGCUGAGGAAGCAGUUUGCUAAAGAACUGGAAAUAGUGAAGACACAAAACGCACAGGACUCCAAGUGUGAUCAUGAGGCGGAGCUGGCCUGUCUGAGGGUGGAGCUGAGUGAGGCUGAAGGGGAAAACGCUGCCCUGAGGGUGGAGAACCAGGAGCUGAGGGAGAGGGUGGACACCCUGGCCACGGAGCUCAGUGUCAAGGAGGCGGGCUGGUGUGACAGGGAAGAGAAACUCAAGUUGCAGCUGCAGCAAUCCUGGGGGGAGAAGUACAAGGCCUGGAUGGAGUCGACGGAGGCCAAGAUAAUGGAACUGCAGCAGACCAACGCCUUACUUCGUGGCUAUUUGAAGAAACAGAAGCCAGGUGGAUCGGACCCCUCAGGAGAAGAUCAGGAACAAUAACCGGUUGCCAUGGAUACAGACGACCACAAUGUUUUCUUUGGUGAUAAGGUGAUUCCAAGAGAAAGUAUUUUUGUAUCAUUGUUACCAGAAAACUUAUGCAACAAAGCUGUGAUAUUUUGAGGCAGUUCCAACAUCGGAGAUACAUGUACAUGUAUCAGUUCACGAUCUUAUUUUGUAAUUAUCGGCUGUCAUGACAAAACUGUGAUAUUUAGACAACACCAACAAAGGAGAUAUCAGUUCAUGAUCCUUCUGUUAUUUAGUAAUUAUUGGCUGUCAUGACAAAACUGAUAUUUAGACAACACCAACAAAGGAGAUAUCAGUUCAUGAUAAUUUUUGUUAAUCAUUACACGGUGAUGGAAAGUGAUAUAAGAACUGGUCAAUAGAGACUGUUCCAGUCUACAAGAUCUGCAGGUGCUUGUGCUUUAGCAAAACACGUUGCGGGGGAUAACAAAGUGGUUGCUAAGGGAAGCAAUACUCGACACUAACAUGUCAUGUCCCAUGACAUUCAAGGGACGUUAUCUAAUGGCAGAAUCUAACGUCUUAUAGACGUUAUCACAAAACAUACCUGUACUUAUGAAUACAGAUCUUUUGCGUGUUCCCUUGAAGGACUCCCAUCGUUUUCUGUGCAUGUGUUCAUGAACAAACAUCAGUCUCUGUAUUGACCGCUGCAUUAGUUUAAGUUUCUUUUGGAACUGAGUAUAUAUACUGAAAAUGAAUUAGUCAUGAGUAAAUUAUUGCUUAUUCGUUACAGUUGAUGAUAUCUUGUUAUAUUGUCGUUUAUCUUGUUAUAUUAUCGUAUAUUUAUUGAAAAUGAAUUAGUCAUGAGUAAAUUAUUGCUUAUUAGUUAUAGUUGAUGAUAUCCUGUUAUAUUAUGGUUCAUCUUGAUAUUUGUUGUAAAUGUUCUGCACGGAAAACAUUUCUCAUUGUUUUUAUAAAUAUGCAUGUGAAGACCCAAGAAAGUUGCCUUUAUUCCAAAGCCUGUGUGAUAAAGCAUUGUCUGUGAUGAAAUAUUUAUUUAUUGGAUAUACUUUUGUUUGAUACAGAGGUUUUUUAAAAUCUUUUUUCUGCAAAUAUGUCAAUAAAUUAUUUUAUAAUAUUUA